AUGCCAGAGAGUCCUCGCUUGCGCUCUCAGCAGACUGACGAAUGCUGGGCGUCGAAUGGAUGGUGUACUCAUCGCUAUGCUUUGAUCCAUAACCUAUCUCUCAACGGGCCGCAGCAGCAUCGCCCACCGAAGCUCCCUGAAUCUCUGGUAUUCCGUCUAGCCUACCCCUUCGUGUCCUUCUCGGACCGCCUUGGUUAA